AUGAGAUGUCAUAUACUCGUACAAGUAUUCUAUAUUUUUGUUUUCGAAGGGUACAAUCUUAAACUCAUUCUUCUCAAAUCAAGCACAUCACACGACUUCAUGGGACAUGCAUUAAAAUUUCACAACUCAAUUUCUGAGCAUGCAAAUCAUAUUUAUGGUAUUGGAAAGGAGCUUUCUCGUAAUUCAUAUAAUGAAACAAUAUGUGAGUUGUGCAAAGAAGGGGAUAUUGAUAGUACUAUGGCAUUGCUUUCACAAAUCGAGGCUCUAGGGUACCACCCAAAUUCAAUAUUACACUUGCUUGAUAACAGCUCUUGGACAUUAGAAGCGGAUACAAUUUUCAAUGAAAUUAUACUUUCGGGUUGUAGGGCAGGAAUUAGAGUGUUCAAUAGAGUUUGCCAACAAGCACUUCAGAGAGCACUUCAAGCUGAAAAUCAACAACAACGUCGUUCUGUAGUAGGCAUUUCUGGUGGUCCAUCUGGAGGUGGGGGUCGACAAUUCGCCCCAAAUCCCACAUUUGGUCCGUCCCAAUCCUUUACAUCUGGGGGUCAGGGCGUUGAUUGGAACACUCGGCCAGUGGUUCCUCCAACCGCUAAUCCGGGUGGCUGGGCUCCUCCUGGUGGACGAGGGCAUGGAAACUGUCCAUUUCAUGGGCAGCCACGCCCAGAUUUGUUCAUUAGAGGGACAACACAAGCCGAUGUUAACGAUCCUGUUCAUGUGGAGAAUGAAGAAGAAGAGGCUGAAAUUGUGCAUACAGAUGACACGGGGCCUCUUUUGGUGGUCCGACGGGCGUGCCUAACGCCUAAGGGGUCGUUUGAGGACCUGCAGCAAAACAAUAUCUUUCUGUCUACGUGUACCAUUGGAGGAAAGCCUAGCAUAGUUGAGACGAGUGUGUAUCGUGAUAGUGUUUGGUGUGAUGUGGUGCCGAUGGAUGCGUGUCAUUUGUUGUUGGGUCGUCCAUGGCUGUUUGAUAGGGAUGUGUGCCAUGAAGGGCAUCGAAAUGCAUAUACAUUCACCUUUUCGGGUAAAAAGAUUGUACUACUACCCUCCAAAGAUACGCAGCGUCUGUCUUCGGCAGAGGACAGUAAUAAUCUACUUUCCCGAUCUUUGUUUGUGCGUGAGAUGUUGGCAGAAGGUGUUGUACUAUUGUUAGUGGGAACUGAGGCGACAGGAGUGUCAACAGUUCCUAUGGCAGCCGAGGGGACGAGUCUUCACCCCAAAGCUGCCGCCUUGGUGUCUGAGUUUCAUGAUGUGUUUCCGGAUGACCUUCCACAGGGUCUUCCGCCUUUGCGGGAUAUGCAACAUCACAUUGAUUUGGUACCGGGCGCAUCAUUGCCUAAUCGCCCACAUUAUCGAAUGAGCCCAAUGGAACAUGAGGAGUUGAGGAGACAAGUAGAGGAGUUGGUGCAGAAGGGAUACAAGGCCAUCAACAAAAUAACAAUUCGUUAUCGCUUUCCGAUAUCGAGGUUAGAUGACUUGCUUGAUCAGUUGGUCGGCGCAACUGUGUUUACCAAACUGGACUUGAAAAGUGGUUACCAUCAGAUAAGAGUCCGUCCUGGUGAUGAGUGGAAGAUAGCAUUUAAGACACGGGAGGGAUUAUUUGAGUGGCUAGUUAUGCCGUUUGGACUAUCCAAUGCACCGAGCACGUUCAUUGGGUCGGAGGAGUCUCAUGGUGUGCAUCUAAGGGAAGUCCUUACUGUUUUACGUAAGGAGAAGUUUUUUGCAGCCACUAAGAAGUGUGUGUUCUAUACCGAUAGUGUUUUGUUUUUGGGGUAUGUUGUGUCAGCCGGUGGGGUAACGAUGGAUGCAGCUAAGGUUGAUGCGAUUCGGCAUUGGCCGCAUCCACAGUCAGUUUCUGAUGUGCGGAGUUUCCACUGUUUAGCGUCAUUUUAUCGACGAUUUAUUCAGCACUUCAGCACCAUCAUGUCUCCCAUUACUGAUUGCAUGAAGGAGACCCCGAUACUUGCGUUGCCUGAUUUCACAAAACCUUUUGCAUUACAUUGUGAUGCCUCUAAAUUGGGUAUCGGAGCUAUCCUCAGUCAGGAAGGAAAACCAGUAGCUUAUUUCAGUCAGAAGUUGGCAGGGGCUCGUGGGAGUGAUCAUGAAGCCCUCAAGCAUUUGUCAAGUCAAGAGUUUGUAUCUGCCCGUCAUGCAACAUGGGUUGCCUUUUUGCAGCAAUUCAACUUUGUCAUUAAACAUCAGGCUGGUUCUUCUAAUCGUGUGGCAGAUGCGCUCAGUCGGCAGCAUGGGUUAUUAGCGCGGCUACAAGUAGCGGUCACCGAGUUUGAGAUCUUUGUCUCUCUUUAUGUUGAUGACCCUUAUUUUGGCCCCAUCUAUCACAGUUUACUGCAGGGACCCCAUUCCUCUUGUCUGUUAGAAGAUGGAUAUGUGUUUAGAGGUGUCCAGUUGUGUAUACUAGAUUGCAGCCUUCGUCUGAAAUUGAUUGAGGAGUUUCACGGUGAAGGUCAUGUUGGGCGAGAUCGUACUUUGGCUUUGAUUAGCGCUUCAUUUUUCUAG